CAUACGUGUCCUUGAUGAAAACAUGCUCAAGUUUUUGGCGAUUGCCAUGGGCGAUCGCCAUUUUGCUAACAAUUUCUCAAAAAUUAUAUUUUCGGCCAAACGCCCCCAUUGACCAAAAUGACAAUCAACUGUCAAAGUUGUAUUGUUUGUCAUCGCUGCUGAAAGACGAAAUUGUUGAACUACUGCAAUAAUUAUAUUUUUGCACGAAAUCUGCAUUAAUUUCUAAUUGCUGUUGAUUAUAAGAGUGCUAAAUUCGAAAAUGACUUCCACUGUGCCUGAUGAUAGAAACGAGGAGCGCCGUAGAAGGGUGCUGCUCGGUCCCCUGCCGUCUGGUUUUCUCAGAGCAGACGGGACUACGGAAAACGUUGAUGCGGACUACCAAGCAGCCCUGGCGCUGCAACAGCAGUUGAGCGGUUCUACACUACCCCCAGCCGGGCCUCCACUCACAGCCCGACUAAGUAUCACAAUCGUGCAGGCGAAACUUGUGAAAAAUUAUGGUCUUACGCGAAUGGACCCGUACGUACGUCUUCGAGUGGGCCACUGCAUAUACGAGACCCACACCGACCCCAGCGGUGGGAAGACGCCGAGGUGGAACAAAGUCAUCCACUGCCUCCUGCCGCCAGGCGUGAACUCAAUAUACUUGGAGAUAUUCGACGAAUGCUCGUUCACGAUGGACGAGCUGAUCGCCUGGUCCCACAUCACCAUACCGCAAGCUGUGCUCAAUGGAGAGACACACGAAGACUGGUACCCUCUGAACGGCAAGCAAGGCGAUGGAGUGGAGGGCAUGAUCAACCUCGUCCUCAGUUAUUCCGUGGGCCCGGCGGCGGUGGCGGCGUUCCCACCAGUCCUAGUAGUCCCAAGUACCGGCAUGGGCUACGCAGCGAUGCCAGUGUACCCGGCGCCGGCGCAAUACCCGCAGCCGCAGCCGCAGCCGCAACCGCAGCCGCCGCAGCAGCCGCCGGUCACCGCCGAGCAGCUGCAGCAGAUCGAAGAAAUGUUCCCGAGCAUCGACAAGGAGGUGAUCAGGUCUGUGCUAGAAGCGAACCGCGGGAAUAAAGACGCCACCAUCAACUCGCUCCUGCAAAUGUCGGAAUAGAACGUCAGAUAUACGAGUCUACUUAACCUUAGUUCAGUCUGCGGCAUAUCAAUUCAGACCCCCUAGA